AUGGAAGACAAAAAUAAGUUGGGCACUUCCAAUACAGCAUCAUCAUCAUCAUCAUCGGAAAAGAAGAGGAGACAUAAACACAGGAAUAAUCAUUCUAAAGUAGUUACUUCAACUCCAGUGAAUGAAGGUCCAUAUCGCCCAAAUAUUUCAUCUGUCACACGAGUAAGACCUUAUAUCAGGUUAUAUUUUGAAAAUCAUUACACAAAAUUUGCUGUGGUUGUACUCCAUGAGUUUACCUGUACUCAUUGUGUUAUUAAUUAUUAUUAUUAACUGAAUUGUGUAGAACUGUUGUUUAAUAGUGUACUCAGCUUUUGACUGUCAAGAUCAGAGCUAUGAAUCCGAAUUCUACUCCGUCUGAUUCUUGUAGAAUGUCUUAACAAGGCUGUCAGCCCUUAAACAAGUGCAAUUCGUGGGGUAAAGCAUGGACUUUUAACUGAACUACCUCUGUCUCAAAAUAUUCUUCGAUUACCAUUACCACUUUUUUUGAAAUAAUAUGUUCCAACAAUUGAUAUGAUCACGAGUAGUAAUAUUGCUCGAAAUAUUAAUGAAAUCGGAAAACUUAUCGCUGUAUAUAAACAAUCAUUGAAGGAGUCAAGUACUUUCCUAUCAGUA